CAGAAUGAUCAAAGUUCAAAGACCUACGCACUGUGAAUGUGUGCCGAACUCGCUAAACACCCAAAUUUUAUAAUCCUCAAACAGACAUUUUUAAUUCGCAUAUUUUUUAAGAUAUGCAAGAAUCUUAUCUCUUCACAACUAAUCUGACGGUUUUUAUGCUAGAAUCACCAUUUUUAUUUGGCAAUCAGUUCUUUACUGGUACCUAAAUUUAUUCUUUAAAUUAAAAGUUAAGUGAAUGUAGGAAGAAAAGCAUCAAAUCCUACUAGAAGCGCGACUUUAUUUUAAAUAUUCGUCGGAAAGUGGAGCAGUUACAUUCAUAAUGGGUGCAGGGAUUGCAAGAAAUGUUGAACAACCUAUCAUUUCCACCACUCACGGUCUGGUGCGUGGACAAUUGCGAGAAACAGUCUAUGGUGAUAAAUAUUAUUGCUUCGAUGGCAUACCAUAUGGCAAGCCACCAUUGGGAGAUUUGCGUUUUAAGUCGCCACAACCAGUUGAACCAUGGCCGGAUGUACGCGAUUGCACCGUAGUGGCACCCAAAUGUAUCCAAUACAAUCGCUAUACUGAUCGCGUUGAAGGCUCUGAGGAUUGCUUGUACUUGAAUAUCUAUGCAAAAAAGCUAAAAUCUGAAAAACCUCUGCCGGUUAUGGUCUACAUACAUGGUGGUAAUUUCGCAACAGGCAGUGCAUCUCGUCUGGCUUGGGGACCAGACUAUUUUAUGAUGAAAGAUGUUAUAUUCGUUACUAUGACCUAUCGUUUGGGAGCGCUGGGUUUUCUCAGUCUUCCCGAACCAGAGCUGCAAGUUCCUGGCAAUGCUGGCCUCAAGGAUGUUGUAAUGGCGCUGAAGUGGCUCAAAAACAAUUACAUAAAUUUCAAUGGUGACCCCAACAACGUUACUCUCUGCGGCAACAGCUCAGGAAGUGCCGCCGCACAAUUGCUGACGCUGACACCAAAAUGCGAGGGCCUCUUUCACAAAGCGAUUCUUAUGUCCGGCGUAUAUCUGCGAACACCCGAUAUUCCUAAUGUCCACCUUAUUUUCGCUAAGCGUGUGGGCUAUGAGGGGGCAGAAGAUAACAAAGAUAUUUUAAAUUAUCUAAGCUCACUUGAGGCGGAAAAGCUCUGUUUGCCGAAUUUUCUAGCAGAAGAGGGAAGGGACCCAAAUAUGGCGCCUACCUUCUUACCCGUCAAAGAAAACGCCAGCGUAUCGGAUGCUAUAAUUACCAAAGACCCAUUUGAAGUAAUUGCAGAUGAGAAAGCUUGGUUUUAUAGUAAACCGUUAAUGUUGGGGGCGACUUCCUUUGAAUCUCUAGCGCGCUACAGAUUCUUCACAACAUAUCCAAACCUAUAUGAGAUCUUGAAAUUGCAUCCGGAAAAAUUAUUCUCGCAUGAGAUUGGAACCUCGUGUGAUUUGGCGACGCAACAGCAAUUGGCAAGAAAGCUCAUAAAGUUGCAUAUGGGAGAGAAGGAGGUGAAUUUGGAAAAUGUUAUGGAUGUUAUGCGCUUGGUGUCGCACGAUUUCAUGUAUCAUCCAAUGCAUCGCUUUAUGAGUGCACGCCUCGGUCGCGUGCAUGCGCCCACAUAUCUAUACCGCUUCGACUUCGAUUCACCGGAUUUUAAUUUGUAUCGCAUCAAGUGUUGUGGACAUGGAGUACGCGGUGUUGUUCAUGUGGAUGAACUUGCCUAUGUUUUUUAUGUACCGCAGUCUUUUAAGUUGGCACGCGAUUCUGAAGAGUUCAACACCAUCGUACUAAUGAUGGAUUUACUUACUGCAUUUGCUGCUAAAUCUGAUCCCAAUGUUGAUAAGAUUAAACCCAUAGUUUGGGAGCCACUGGCAUCAAAUGACGAACGAAAAUGUUUAAAUAUUAGUAACGAGCUCACGUUCAUCGAUUGGCCUGAAUUGGAAAAAUGUAAGGUAUGGGAUGAGUACUUCAAGGACGAGGGAUUGAGAUUAUAUCGCUUCGAUUAUUAUGAAAUAUCAGAAAGAGAUUAUUGUGUGGCAUUAUUUGGUGACUAUUUAAAGAAGAGCAUUUUUUUCGACGGCGCUGUGCGCCACUUUCGGACUAAGGUGCACCUAGAAAUCAUAAUGAGCACACAAGAAGAGUAUCUCCUCACACUGCCGUUGGGCAAAAUAUUAGGCCGAGUUUGUACGUCGAUUUACGAUCAAACAUAUUACAGCUUUGAAGGUAUACCUUACGCUAAACCACCGCUGGGCAAGUUACGUUUUCGUGCGCCACAUGCUGUCGAAUCAUGGACGGAUGUGAAAGACUGUACAAAGUGUGCUAGGUGGCCUUUACAAAAGAAUCCGGAUACUAAUAAAGUAGAGGGCGCUGAGGAUUGCCUGUACCUAAAUGUUUAUACAAAAAAGCUAACAUCCUCAAAGCCUCUACCAGUUAUGGUCUUUAUAUAUGGCGGCUCUUUUUGUAUGGGCGCCGCGAAUCGAGACUUAUAUGGACCCGAUUAUUUUAUGAUGGAAGAUGUGGUGCUGGUCACCUUUAACUAUCGACUCGAUUCCUUAGGCUUCCUUAGUCUGCGCGAUCCUUCGCUAAAAGUACCCGGCAAUGCUGGUCUCAAAGAUCAAGUGCUCGCUCUGAAAUGGGUAAAAAAGUAUAUAGCGCAUUUCAAUGGCGAUCCUGCAAAUGUGACACUGUUUGGCGAGAGCGCCGGCGCUGCUUCAACACACUUGCUGAUGCUCUCGGAGCAAGGACGUGAUCUCUUCAAGCGUACCAUUGCCAUGUCGGGUACCGCGCUUAAUUUUUGGGCCAACAUGCCACAACUGAAUAUUGCAUUUCGACUAGCACAUUUCCACGGCUACAAAGGGGAUAAUAUUGAUGCACAUGUAUUCGAAUAUAUUAGCACCCUCGAACCUGAAAAAUUAGUAGUGCAUUCCUUGCUGAGUGAAGAGGACCAGCGCAAUUCGUAUAUGUUUGCUUUUGGUCCAAUUGUGGAGCCGUACGUAGAAGAGGGUUGCGUAAUACCUGAACGCCCCUUCGAUAUGCAAAAGAAGGCUUGGAGUAAUCACUUGUCAAUGAUGUUGGGUGGAUCUUCCUUUGAGGGGUUACUUUUAUAUAAAGUACUUAAGGAGAACCCGAUUGUAAUACAGCGUUUAUUCCGCGAGCCGGAACUGAUACUGCCUGAAGAAGUGCGUCGGAUCCGUAAGCACAAAGAUGUGAAGAAAUUGGGCAUAACUCUGCUGAAAUUACAUUUUGGCGAUGAAGAACCCAACGACUAUUCAUUGUUUAAGUAUCUGGAUAUUUUUAGCUUUAAAAUCUUUUGGCAUGAUUUUCAUCGUACAAUUUUGUCACGCCUAACAUUCGCACGUGCGCCUACCUUUCUCUAUCGUUUCGACUUCGAUUCACCGGAUUUCAAUUUUUACCGCGCGAAAUAUUGCGGUAAAGAUAAUGUGCGCGGCGUAGCGCAUGCCGAUGAAUUGUCGUACCUAUUUUAUUCGAAAAACUCUCGUAAAUUAUUUACAAACACAGCCGAGUAUAAAACUAUAAGACGCAUGAUUGGUAUGUGGACCGCCUACGCGCGGAGUGGUGAUCCGGACUGCGAUGAAUCGGAUCCGAUUAUAUGGGAUGCGGUGACGAAGUAUUAUAACUUGCGAGCAAUGCUUAUUGGUAAAGAGUUGGAAUUUAAGGAGAUUCCAGAAAAGGAAAAAUUACUAGUCUGGGCUAAGUUGUACCCAAGUCCGCAACAAUUAUGCGGAGCGGAAAGGGAAGAGGAUUAUUAUUGGGGCGUGCCAAUACCUAGUUUAGAUUAAAAAAUGUGCAAUUUUAGUUUUAAAAAGUAGAUAGCUAAAGAAUAAAUGUUUUGUUUUGUAAGAAUACAUGACCGAAAUGCAAUACUUUGUGCAAAGGUAUUGAAUCAAUUUCAUCAUAAUGACGUAAAACAUA